GUCGCAACUAGACAGUCCACAAUUAAAUCAUAUAAGAUGGAAAGGGUGAUUCUUUGUAAAUGUUAUACACAUUGGUUAACGUUAUCGCCAGUCCCCAUAUGUCACAACCAUUUUCAAUGUAAACGCGCCGUUUCUUCGCCUAUUGAACGCAGAAAAUGGAGCGAUUUCCGGUACAGGAGGUCAAAUUGGAAACUUAUACUUCCGGCCUGUGGGCGUUAUUGUCAAUAAUGACACGUCCCGGGAAGUCUGUUAAGACAGCAGAGGAGCAAAAUGCAACGAUAAACCAGCAAUCGCUGAGUCUUGCUGAAUGACUUAAUGCAUCAAAGAAACAUGAUACCAUCAGCUCCGCAGAAAGGUACCGACUGGGACACAGGGAAAGUUGAUUACUUGCAGACAGAAUAAAUAGUACGAAAAUAGAGGUAGCGCAAUGGGGGAAGUGAGGAAACUGCACAAGAAGUUAAGGCAAAUUGAGAAUCUGGAGAUUAAACCAUUCCUCACUCAAGAGGAAAGAGAUAAGAUCUCAAGGAAGGCGGAGCUUCGUUCCAGAUUGGCUGAGUUGCUGCUGCAGCUUUCUGCCCCCCAGCAAGGCCAAGGAACUGUGGGAGAUGAGACGGAAAGAAUGAAAAGACAAGUUGAAGACGGCUCAGAGGUCGUCACGUCACAGAGCCCCCCCGCCAAAGUACCAAGGGAAGCAAGUGACGAAGCUCCUAGUCGGGAGCGAGAAGGGGUGCCAGGGUGCCCUGCCGAGUCCCAAACAGGCACUAGUGAACCUCAAGAAGACUCUAAACACGAUUGUCUCAGGGCAUCCUGGGAAGGGGCGAGGUUUCGGUUACGGUCGCUAGAGGGUCACAGCGACAUCGUCACCUGUGUCGUUGCCGUAGAUAACCUGGUGAUCUCUGGCAGCCGCGACACAACAGUAAAGGUGUGGCAUGUCCCCACAGCAAGCGAGCAGCGGAACCUUGGGGGGCACAGUGGGGGCAUUACUGGUCUUUUGGCACCCCUCCCCGAAUACUGCAGGAGGCUAGCAAAAUCUUUGUCACUAAAUGAGAGAGAGCAGUUCGUGCUCAGUGGUUCUGUGGACUGCACGGUCAAAAUCUGGGCCCUCAGUUCUGGCUGCUGUGUCAAGUCCAUCUACACAUUCAAUGCCAUUUCUGCUCUCUGUUUUGUCCCCGAAGGAGAAGGACUCAUUGUCACGGGAUCAGAUGGUGGCAAGGUGGAGGUUUGGAGCUGGGACACCAUGGAGAAUUGUCAGUCGAUCAAGGCGCACGAGGACAGCGUGACCUCGCUACAGUCCCAUGGUCCUCUGCUCUUCAGUGGCUCGGCCGAAGGGGGCGUAUCCGUGUGGGAGGUGCAGUGCUCCCGGGCCGCCCCGUUGCGGAUGCUGCAUCAGUGGAGCUCCGCCGUGACUGGUUGCGGUCAUCAGAACGGGGCCACGGUCAGUCAGCUGACCCUGAGUCCCCGUGGAGACCGCGUGUUCCUUGCCAACGGGAGAGCCAGCUUGAAGAUUCUAAACUGGAGGACAGGCUCAGUGUCCAAAGUGGCAAAUCACAGCAGCAUCGCUGGGGUCACGGACUGUGUCAGUCAGACAGGGGGAAUCCUGAUUGGCUCCUGCUUUGAUCUUGCAACUGGGGACAGCACCCUCAACUUGUUUUCCCUUCCUCUGUGCAAGUACCUGGUGUCACUGACAUGUCCGGAAUAUCCCAGGAUCCUGUGCUUCACAGGAUGGCUGACCGCAAGCGGGUGCCACCGCUGGGUUACGGGGGGGCGUGCCCUGACCGUCUGGGAGCAGCUUCCAGCCAAAGGCAAGCAGAGAGGUGACGUCACCGCAAAGCGAAACUCACAGCUGGAAGCCUCUCUGGAGGAGUCUGGUACAGACACAGAGGAGGACAGUGAUGGUGAGAGUGAGGUAGACUACGUUUCCCACGGUGCACCUGCAACCGGCCAGGAGCCCAGCUCUUCAUGGGUCCGCUGUGUUCUUCAGUGACAGGACGAUCGAUCAUCGUGUUGCCCGGCUGAAAAUACAGUGCGUCUGAGUGGCGCAAAGAUGAAGAGAGAAGCCAAUGUGACACAUCGAGGGAGGGGAGAGGCGCAGAGAGACCAAAUUACCCGUUUUUGCAUAUGCAAAUGUUGUUCUUGCAAGUCUGAAAUAAAUCUGCCAAAUUUUGA